AUGUCUAAUAGCGUCUUGAAUACCAUUCUGGCUGUGGACAAAGAGCAGGAGUUACUCCAAAGUUUCACACGGACAGGAGCGAAUGCCGAGGAGGAAUUAUUAGAGGAAGCGAACAAAAGGUCAAAAGGUCGUGGGGGUCGUCGCAGUUCCUAUAAGCCACCCAUUUGGGAUCGCCGGGACUCUUAUGGCGUUGGUGGACGCAAAUCCUCCGGCGAUCGUGGUGGUGCACGUGGUGGCAAAAAUGCCGAUGGCGAUGGCACCGACUUGGCUGGGACAAAGCGUGGCAAUCGCAUUGAAGCCGAACUGAGGGCGGCACGUAAACGCAUCGAGGAACAGAUCCUUAAAAAGAAGAAGCCAAAGGAAAAUUUCGUUGACUUCUAUACGGACAAGGAUCGAGCGGCUGCAGUCAGUGCGGGGGCAUUUGAUAUUAAGCAAAGUUUGCAAAUUAAGCAGAAACAGGAUCGUAAUGAGGCUCUGCUUAUACCAGAUGAGGCUGAUCUUAGUUCUGUGAUUGCGUUGGGUCUGAAAGAGAUUAAGAAUGCCAAUCCCGAGAAUGCCAUCCAUUUCUUUUGCAAGGCUCUGGAACUUAACAGCACGGAUAUAAAUGCUUUGAUAUCGCGGAGUAAAUGUUAUUUGCUUUUGGGUGAAUCGGCCAAGGCUCUGCAGGAUGCCGAGACCGCUUUGGCUGAGGAUAAGAACAACAUACGUGCCAUUUACCAAAAGGCCGAAUCUCUCUACUAUUUAGGUCAAUUCGAACAGAGUCUUAUGUUCUUUCAUCGCGGCCUGCGUGCUCGCCCCGAAUUGGCUUCGUUUCGCCUAGGCGUACAAAAAACUCAAGAAGCCAUAGAGAAUACCAUAGGAGCCAAGACCAAAGCCACUGCGGCUCCACCCAAGAGUAGCAGAAAUCGCAAAUCCGAUGAGGAAACUCCCAAAUUCCAAGGAGCAUCAACACAACCAACCCUGCGAAAGCCCACCAAAGCGGAUCUAGAGCGUAGAAAUGCACGCAAAUUGCUGGGAGAAUUGUGUGUGGAUAAGGAAUAUCUGGAGAAGCUACUGCUUCAUCCAGAUCUAGUGCGUGCCGACACGAACACAGAGAAUAUAUCAACCUUUGCCAAGGAGGCAGUUGCCUUUCUUAAUAAACGUCAAGAGUUUUGGCGUCAGCAAAGACCUUGCACCGCUUUGCCAAAUCACAAGAAUCUACCCAAUGAUGCUUUACCCAAGUGGUUUUAACUUAAUUUGAUUGUUUAGUUACAUGUACUAGUUAGUUAAUACACCAUUUAAUCAACUAAAAACAUUUUUUGUUUUUUUUCUUUUGAAUGCAACAGAGAUACAAUAUUGUGUGUAGCCUUUCGU